CACGCUCGCUCUCUGGCGCCGCGUCCUCGCCGCCGCCCCGGCCUCCCAACCGGGCAGGAGACCCGACUCGGCUCUGCCUCGGCGCUCCAGCGCGGCGGGGCCCCGCUGUCCGGACCUCCGUAUCUCCCCGCCGCCCUGGAUCUGUAGAAAAGCAUUCAAGACCAUAACAUUUAGAUGACCAAAAUGGAUAUCCGGGGUGCCGUGGAUGCUGCCGUUCCAACCAACAUCAUUGCCGCCAAGGCUGCGGAGGUUCGGGCAAACAAAGUGAACUGGCAGUCCUACCUUCAGGGGCAGAUGAUCUCUUCUGAAGACUGUGAAUUCAUUCAAAGAUUUGAAAUGAAGAGAAGUCCCGAGGAGAAGCAGGAGAUGCUUCAAACUGAAGGCAGUCAGUGUGCCAAGACGUUUAUAAAUCUGAUGACUCAUAUCUCCAAAGAGCAGACAGUUCAGUACAUACUCACCAUGGUGGAUGACACGCUGCAGGAAAAUCACCAGCGUGUUAGCAUUUUCUUUGACUAUGCAAAACGUAGCAAGAAUACCGCCUGGUCCUACUUUCUGCCAAUGUUGAAUCGCCAGGAUCUCUUCACUGUUCAUAUGGCAGCAAGGAUCAUUGCCAAGUUAGCAGCUUGGGGAAAAGAGCUGAUGGAAGGCAGUGACCUAAAUUACUAUUUCAACUGGAUAAAAACCCAGCUGAGCUCCCAGAAACUGCGUGGUAGCGGUGUCGCUGUUGAAACAGGAACAGUCUCUUCAAGCGAUAGCUCCCAGUACGUGCAGUGUGUGGCCGGGUGUCUGCAGCUGAUGCUCCGGGUCAACGAGUACCGCUUCGCCUGGGUGGAAGCAGACGGAGUCAACUGCAUCAUGGGGGUUCUGAGCAACAAGUGUGGCUUUCAGCUCCAGUAUCAGAUGAUCUUUUCCAUAUGGCUCCUGGCCUUCAGUCCUCAGAUGUGUGAACACCUGCGACGCUACAACAUCAUUCCCGUACUGUCCGACAUUCUGCAAGAAUCCGUCAAAGAGAAAGUGACGAGAAUCAUUCUCGCAGCAUUCCGGAACUUCUUAGAAAAAUCAACUGAAAGAGAAACUCGCCAGGAGUAUGCCUUGGCUCUGAUUCAGUGCAAAGUCCUCAAACAGCUGGAGAACUUGGAGCAGCAGAAGUAUGACGAUGAAGAUAUCAGUGAGGAUAUAAAGUUUCUUUUGGAAAAACUUGGUGAGAGUGUCCAGGAUCUUAGCUCAUUUGAUGAGUAUAGUUCAGAACUUAAAUCUGGAAGAUUGGAAUGGAGUCCUGUGCACAAAUCUGAGAAGUUUUGGAGAGAGAAUGCUGUGAGGCUGAAUGAGAAAAACUAUGAGCUCUUGAAAAUUUUGACAAAACUCCUGGAGGUGUCGGAUGACCCACAAGUCUUAGCUGUCGCUGCUCACGAUGUUGGCGAGUAUGUGCGACAUUACCCCCGAGGCAAGCGGGUCAUCGAGCAGCUGGGCGGGAAGCAGCUGGUGAUGAACCACAUGCACCACGAGGACCAGCAGGUGCGCUACAACGCCCUCCUGGCUGUGCAGAAGCUCAUGGUGCACAACUGGGAGUAUCUCGGUAAACAGCUCCAAUCCGAGCAACCUCAGACAGCAGCUGCCCGGAGCUGAAUGGGCCCCCCAGCCCUCCCCUCCCUGGGGCUGAAAACCUAGAGUGUGAAUCUCAGCAGUUGGGGUCGAGAACAAAUGAUUUCUCAUGUUACGUGUCAUUUUCUUCUGUUGUGUAGCUUUUCCUAGUACUGAUUUCCCAUACAAGUGUUUGCCUGUUAAGUUGUAUUAAAAUAGAUGCUUUCCGUAUCUAAAGAAAAUAAUACUGUUACAUACGCUGCUUGUAAUUUCUUAUUUAUUGUUCUCUGGAAAUGAAUAUAGAGUUAUUAAAGGAUUCUCACUCCCAA